CUAUCUGCCUGGAUAUGACUAUUAUAUUUAUGUGAUACUUUAUUAUGUCAAAGUCAAGUGGCCUCCUAUGAUUGUUUAUCCUGGCACAUUCAUUGCAUUGGCACGAUACCCUGCCCUCAAUUUGGACCCAAUCAGAAUGAAGGGUGUGGUGAAGAAUUAACAUAUGAAAGGCGAAAGGAGGGUGGCAUGGGUGGUGCUAGAAGGCGACAAGCGCUGGGGCAUGGGGAGUGGAAAGACAAUGCGAUUGUGAGAGAUAGAAUUAUAGGGACAGACAUCAAUAGAUAACCCUGGAAUUGUAAAGCAGAGUGCGGCAGCAGAGACAGGGGAAUGUGAUCUAUAUGAGGGCAGGCGAAAAGAAGAAAUUGCAAUAGUGCAUCGGGAAAAGAAGAAUUUUACCCCCUGCAUUAAAAGAGACAGAGCACAGAAAGAGAGGAGCUCUGCAGCAGAGCAUGGGAUAGACAGACUGCAGCAGUAAGGGAAGAGGAGAGAUAUAGAGUCUGCAGCAGAGAGGGGGGCAGAGCACGGGAGGGAGGGAGAAAGAGAUUGCAGUGGAGGAAGAAGAAAGAGUAUAAGAGGAGACAGUGGCAAGGAUUAGGAAACACUGCAGCUUUCCUGAGCCACUCAGCAGAUAUAAGACAAGACAGCGUAGACACCUCCAGACACUGCUGGCACACACUCGUCCAAGAGACUGCUGUCCAUCAAGUUGGUGCUGCGAUUUAGAGAGUUUGACGUCCUCAUGGAACACGGUGCACCAAACUGAGAAGAAGAGAACCACCAGGAGUGUGGUCAGAAGCUGCUAACCCUCCAGCAGGAGCCCCCCAGGACCACGAAAGAACAAGCCCAAGAGAAUCUUAUCUACAAGGAAUCUGGUACCUGCACAGAGCUGUGGCCCCGUAUCAUAGGAUAACUACAAGAAGAGAAGUGGAAGUCAAAGCCAAUAUGAGAACGAGCCCAUGAACAGCCAAGAGGGAAGAUAUCGACAUACCGCACGGUCACAGCAGGUGACAUCCCCUACAACAUCUCCUCUACGAGCCUCUAUAGCACAGCAUCAACUCCAACAGAACCAUUUCAUUCCAAAGUACCGUGGGACCCUCACUGGACAACAUGACGGAGAUAACAGAAACCGACCCGCAGAAUUCAGAACCAAGACCACCGGUGACCAGCACCAGCGGAGGGUGUGGACUGCCAGAGAGCAAGCUUCAAAGAUUUCGCCGUUCAAUCUCCUUAAAGACUAUCUUACGCAGUAAGAGCAUGGAGAACUUCUUUCAGAAGUCGAACAGUGAAAUGAAGAUCCCUUCAGAUGUUCUUCUGAGUCCACCUAUGCCGCCGCCACCUCCUUCUCCUCCGCCCAUUCCUACUGAGCCCCCGCCUCAGGUUGACCAGUCACCUCACCAGCAUCACAAGCCCCUAUCCCUUCUGCAGCCGGUUCGAACACACAGCUUCCAUGACCACGUCUUCAAGAAGCAGUGUCCCUGUCAUCUGUGCCACCAGAUCAUUGUUGGUAACUCCAAGCAGGGAUUGCGCUGUAAGAUGUGUAAGAUCGGGGUCCAUUUGUGGUGUUCAGAAGAGCUAUCACAGCAACAAUGUCUAGGGAAGACGUCUGCAUCUUUCCGACGAAAUUUCAGUUCUCCCCUUCUGAUCCAUGAGCCUCUCUCCAGCCCCAAAGAGUCUCCAGUACCCGCUGCUCCGAGAGGUAGGGUCGACCCUGUGUACGAGACGCUGCGCUAUGGAACCUCUCUAGCACAUCUAAAUCGUUCGACAUGUAGCAGCGUUUCUGAGUCCCCCACCCGCAGCCUGAGUGAAAAGGAAGAGAGGCCAGAUGAUCCAGAGGGCAGCAUCCAAAGCAGCGAGGAGAGUCCAAGUCACCCAGUGUUCCAAGAUGAGGCCACCAGUGAUGAUGCCCGCAGUGUGACGAGUACGGUCGGCAAGACAAGGAAGGAAAUCUCUCCUAUGUAUUGCUAUGUGGCUCUAUAUAAAUUCCUGCCUCAGGAGAUCAAUGACUUGCCACUGCAGCCCGGUGACAGAGUUAUGGUGAUGGAUGACUCAAACGAGGAUUGGUGGAAGGGAAAAUGUUGUGACCGGACUGGCUUCUUUCCUGCAAAUUUUGUGCAGCGGGUAAGGCUGGGGGAAACUGUGUGGAGAAGCACAAAGACAUUCCAAGGCGUGAAGGAGCAGGGACAACUCAGUGUGAAAGAAGGACAGAUUUGCGUGGGAGUUGGAAAAACAGAGUCUGACGGACUCAUUAAAGUGUCAAGCGGGAAAAAACGAGGCCUGGUGCCUCAAGACUGCCUGGUGGAGGUUUGAGGGGGCAACACCGGCCUUGGCACAGACAUACUGCUCCUUGAGAGGGACAGAACUAAUCGGAAUUGUGUGCAAAAGCAAUAAGGCAUUCAGGAGGUUCAGAUGCUACUGCGUGGCACAGAAACACCGGGGGGACCCUACUUCUACCUAGGAACCCUGGCAGUGACAUCUUAUUGCAGAACCUAGACAUGCUGCAACAAGCCUCUUCCGCUGUGUAUAUAUAUAGUAUAUAACUUCAUGUAUAUAACUGCGUAUUUUGCAAUAUGUCCGCCGGGUGUCUGUGACAUCAUCACUCAGGGCCAUCUCUUCAGGAAAAAGUCUCUUAGUGUCCUCGUUAUAGGGUCGGAUUGUCACCAGUAUCGGCCCUUGGUUUAACCAACCUUGCAAGUCUGCUGCGCGAGACGCUUCCUCCCAACACAAAGCACUUGAGGAAUAGGGUACUUGUCACAGUCACUUCUCUCCUUUUUUUCUCUCGAACUAAGCGGGAGUAAAUACAUCAAUAUUUAUAUACCUCUUUAACAGAAGUGUCACAGGAGUGUGCGAACGAGAGAUCACAGAGUGCACAUUCAGCAGGAUUGUUGCUCGUCGCUCUUUUAAUGACAAGCCGUGCGCAUUUUUAAUGGAAGAGAUAUGAAAUAUUCAUUUUGCACGUCUGGGAUCUUAAACCUUCGGAAAAUACGAGCAGAAUGUAUCUAUACGGAGGUAGAGGAAAGCACAGGGCGCCAUUUACAAGGAGAGGAAACAGCCGCUGCGCUAGGAGAGGAGACCGCAUCCGAAUUAUUUAUAAGGGAAGGAGCAAGGACGAGGGCGGCUCAAGGUGGACGCGGGGAUACAGAGACUAUGUAGCUUUUUGGGAAGGGAGUUAUAGCUUUUCUUGCACAGACUGGUGGAAUUAGUGUGCGGUGCGGUUAUAAAGCCAUUGGAUUAGCGCAGGAAAGCAGAAAUAUUUUUCAGAAAGUAAAAGGUUAAAGACUGCAGGUCCUAAUGGAGCACAUUGGGGGAAACCCAU